UUAACUGUGAGGUAGAGGUGUUUUUCCCCGUGUAGAAAAAUAAGUCUGGAAAGUUUGGAUAGUAACACUCUCAGUUCUCAGAGCAUAGUUUGCAAUAAGUUGCUGUAUAUUGGGUAAGUAACAGAUUGGGGCCACAUUUGCAUAAUAAAGACCAAUGCUACUGUAAAUAACAUCUUGCUGUCUGCAAUACCAUAAUUACAGACUUUAUGGUGUGUAAACAUCAUAUUCAAAGACAACUAAGCCCAAGCACGUGGUAACCUAUAUGCAUCUUCUUCCUCAUGGAACCAGUGCCUGUGAGUGGUUGAGGACACUGUAACAACAGCGUUGGUGUAAUUUAUAGACUUAGUACAGCAGAAUGAAAACUGGACUGCUGUUCUUUUGCCUAAUUCCAGAGUAACCCUUAUUGCUUUUAACAAAUACACCUUUGACCCCUUCAGUUGUACUCACUCUAGCUAUUUUGUGCUCAAAACAUGAGUUACUGAAUUAUAAAAACUACUUAUCCUUAGGGCUUCGGUGGCUCUUUCAUUCUCAGGUACUAUGAUGAGCUCUUGAUGAAAAAUUCUUACCUGCAGAGAUGUCUCGCACAUGCUUAACUGAGUAACAGCACAUAGGCACGGGGAACGCUGCCAGCACUAACAGUGACAUGGCACUGGUUGCACAUGACUUGUCUGGGAGGGGACAGCCAGCUCUGCUUGGAAACACACCCCCGUUGCCUUUGCCUAAACCUUCAUAAAGUUUCCACAGCACUAGUGAAAGGUGAGGAGUUGAACUCUGGCCUCUGAAUAGACACAAAGGACCUCUCCUAGGCUGCCAUCAGCAGGAGGUGAGCAAAGCAUGGGCAGCCAGAGUUCAAGGGUGUAGUGGCUUUAAAAGAUAUGAUAGAAACUUUGAGGAAGUCAUUAAAAGGCAGUGUCGUGUGUCUGUGUGAAGUCCAUUGUAAGCUUUUCUAGGAACGGUGGUUGCCCUCAGAUCUGUGCAGGGCUUGGUAGGACAUCAAACACCACGUCUACUCCUGCAUCUCUUCACAGAGCUUCGUGGAUAUGCAACUGCUCAGGUGACCAGUUUAUUCCUCCUUUCUGAAUCGCUGCAAGAAGAGUACUCCUAAGAGGCUUUCCCCUAUCGUAAAGGUGGAAAGAGACUCUGGAUAUUCCACCAUGGCUGAGCAGCAGAAGCAGGAAGAGAAGCUCUGGGAUGCCUUGAAGAUCAGUGCCUACGUCUUCAGUACAGGCCUGCUCACGUUCACUGCCUUAGUGAACUCUGUUCCUUGGUUUAUGCAGGAUAUAACUUUAGGCGAUUUCUGGCAAACAACAUGGCUGAGCUUCUACAACUACUUUGAGGGAGAUGAGUGGACAAUCUUCCUCUAUGGGGCUGCAUUGGUGCCUGCACUUGCUUUCUGGGGCUUCAAUGGAAUCCUUAUGGUGGCUGAUAUAACAGGAAAGCCAACUUUCAUUACUCGCUAUCGCAUUCAGCUGGGCAAGAAUGAUCCUGUGGACACAAAGAAGCUGCGCCAAGCCAUCUACACAGCACUGGCUAAUCAGUUCUUUAUCUCCUUGCCCAUGCUUGUGCCCAUGUUCCACGUCAUGAAAUGGUGGGGCAACACCUUCAGCAAGGAAUUACCCACUUUCCAGUGGUUUCUUGUGGAGCUAAGCAUCUUCACCAUAAUAGAGGAAAUUCUCUUCUACUAUACACACAGGCUUGUUCACCACCCAGUCCUGUAUAAGCACAUCCACAAGAAGCACCAUGAGUGGACGGCCCCCAUCGGCGUGGUCUCCAUUUAUGCUCAUCCCAUAGAGCACAUACUCUCCAACACGCUGCCUGUCAUGACUGGCCCGAUGGUCAUGGGGUCUCACAUCGUUUCAAUCUCAGCGUGGUUCUCCCUCGCUCUCAUAACAACAAGCAUUUCACACUGUGGAUACCACCUGCCCUUCCUGCCAUCUCCAGAGUUCCACGACUUCCACCACCUCAAGUUCAACCAGUGCUACGGAGUCCUGGGAGUGCUGGAUUAUCUGCACGGCACAGACAGAGUGUUCAGACAAACCAAAGCCUUCGAGAGACACAAGGUCCUCCUCGGCCUCACUCCACUCUCCGAAAGCAUCCCUGAGGCACCCAAGAGGGCUGAGUGAACCAGCCCAGCAGCUCCUGUGACCAGCAGAGUGAGAGACAAUGAUUUAUGCCAAAUAGUAUUUUAAUUGGGAAACGAGUUAUUGUUCACACAUAACGAGACCCGAAAUGGAAGUUAAGCAUGCUGCUGGAAAUGAUUGCACAUUAACUGCAAAAACCUCCUGCUCUAGAAAUCUAUUUUUAAGCAAAAUUUAGUGGGUUUGUUUCUUAAUUACUUGCACUGUCCCUUGGUUCCAGCUGCCUGUGCAUGAGCCAGGUGUGUUCUGGGCCACGUGGCUCUGGGGAGUUCUGAGAAUUAUUGUUUUGGCACCAGUUUCCACAGGCAGUGCUUUGGCCUCUCUCAGCAGCACUCACUCUGUAGAAACACCAGCAAGGUCACUGUAACUACAUGUGAUAGUAUUAAAACCACUCUUUUUUUGAGACUCAGAGCACCUGGCACAGUGGAUGCAACCCCUUGGAAAAUCAGUGGUGCCACAGCUUUAGAAACUCUCCCCUGCAUAUGCAGCAGAGACCUGACUCCCCCUGAGCAAUCUCUCCUGCUAGAGGUCAGUCCAGCUCUCAGUUAGGGCUGGCACGGCCUCAUCACUGCUCCACAGACCAGCAGCAAACAAAGUGAGCUUCCCUCAUGGGACAGGGAAGGAGCUGGGAGCUGAUGUGCUACAUGCCAUCACCUCCUCCUGCUGAGCCUCAUCCCACUCCGGGAUACAACUACAAUUCCACAAUGCUAAAUUACAGAAAGAGUCUUUCCAAGGAAAGCAGAGUCCCUGCUGUCCUGAGCUGUGCAGAGAUCAGUGAAACACUCUAAGAAAGGAUUCAACUCAGCAGCCCCCAGAGCUUUAUGCACAUCCCCAAGUACCUACAGACCCACCGAGACAUACUGUGAAUCUUCUCAAUCUUUUUUAAGUUUCAAUCUUGCCUGGGGGCCUGGGACAAAAAUGGCACAUCUCCCCCCAGUGCUAGAGCAGCCCCCCUGGGAGGGGACACGCAGGGCUGAGCUGCACUCACCUGUGGUCAGCCCAGCUCCACCUGUGGAAGUCAGCUCAUUUCCACAGCCCUGCUCUGGUUCCUGCAGCCACACAGGGAUGAACCCGGCCUGUUCAUCAGCUCCCACCUCCCUGGGGAGGGCAAGUCAGCAGAACAGAAAACCCAGGCUGCGGUGUCUUUUGAAGUUUUUAUUUUUAUACAUUUUUUUUUGUAUUAAAAAGGAAAAAGCAUAAUUACCACAAAUUACAAAGGACUAAAGCAUUACUAGAAUAAUGAAUCACAUCAGCCUAGAAAGCAGAUAAUCUGAAUAAUAUUAAUGUUAUAAUACAAGCUCUCAUUCAAGUAUUUUACAUUUUUCUCUUUUCCUUUUAUACGUGAUGAUGAUCCUAGCACAUGGGUCAAAGAUUAUGUACUAUCGACAGAGAUGGAUCAUGUACAGCCGGCCGUAUUAACAAGAUUUUCCUCCCAAGUGA